AUGUCAUCCGAUUCUUCUUCGUCGGAUGAUUUAAAUUAUCCUACUUCUUCCGACGAAUCCACGGGUAGUUCUUUGCAAUUUUUGCUUAAAGCACAUAAAUAUCUUCAAGACACCGCAAGCUUUAGUGAAAUCCGACCCCGUCAAAGUAUAGAUCGUCGGCGUGAUAUUGGUCUUCAAACUCUAAUGACCGAUUGGUUUGUUGAAGAACCAAAGUAUGACGAAGCUUAUUUUCGUCGCAAGUUUCGUAUGGAUAAAAGUAUGUUUUUAUCCAUAGUAGACGACAUUGAAGCAAACUUCCCAUAUUUUCAAGAAGGAUACGACGCUCGAGGCAAGAGAAGUUUCUUGGCUUUACAAAAGAUCACGUCGGCGGUAAGACAACUCGCAACCGGCAACGCACCCGAUGAGUAUGACGAGUACUUAUGCAUGUCCGCAAGAACUUCACGUGAAACUCUUGAUCAUUUUUGUGAUGCCAUCAUUAAGUUGUAUGGACGAGAGUACCUACGUAGGCCGACUCAACACGAUGUUGCACGCAUCUUCAAGGCCCAUGAGGCUAAGCACCACAUUCCUGGCAUGCUUGGUAGCAUCGAUUGUACCCACAUCGAAUAG